AAGCCGCUUGGAGCGCGUCGGCUCGGCGCGGUGAUGCUGAGGAGAGAGAGAGAGGGAGAGAGAGAGAGCAUCUCCCCCGGGCGAGGCCGAGCGAGCUGGCGGACGUGUUAGACGCCGCAGAGGCGAUCCCACCUGCGUGCAGGUGCACUUCCGCCCCGCAAAGAUGCUGGCCGUCCCGCCGGGCGGCGCGGCGUCUCACGGCAGACACGGCCUGAGCAGCGGCGCCAAGAAGACGUCGAAAAAGUGUCGCCCGAGACGAAGCAAGCGAGGUCGGCGACGUCGGAGCAAAAAGAGCAACAGGAGCGACCACAAAAGUCAACAACCCUUUUUACCGCCGGAGGCAGAAGAAGGCAACAUUGAAUAUAAGCUCAAGCUGGUCAGCCCCACUCAGUACCGCUUCGAGCAUCUGGCCACGCAGCUGAAGUGGCGUCUGCAGGAGGGUCGCGGCGAGGCCGUCUACCAGAUCGGCGUGGAGGACAACGGUCUGCUGGUGGGCCUGAGCCAGGCCGACAUGGAGGCGUCCAUCGCCACCUUGAAGAAGAUGGCCGACAAGGUGGGCGCCGACAUCACGGUGCUCCGCGAGCGGGAGGUGGACUACGAGCCGGACGCCAGCACGCGCAGGAUCGCCGAGGUUCUGGUGCGGAAAGUUCCGGACGAUCAGCAGUUCCUGGACCUGCGUGUGGCCGUCCUGGGCAACGUGGACUCCGGGAAGUCCACCCUGCUGGGCGUGCUGACGCAGGGCGAGCUGGACAACGGGCGAGGACGAGCGCGUCUCAACCUCUUCAGGCACCUCCACGAGAUCCAGACGGGACGCACAUCCAGCAUCAGCUUCGAGAUCCUGGGCUUCAACAGCAGAGGACAAGUCAGCACGUGCGUGUCCCAGCAAGGUGUGCAAGGGUCCGCUCAUCCCAUGUCUGUGCAGGUGGUCGACUACAGCCACUCUCGCAGCGCAGAGGAGAUCUGUGAAAGCUCCUCCAAGAUGAUCACCUUCAUGGACCUGGCUGGACACCACAAGUACCUGAAGACCACCAUCUUUGGCCUCACCAGCUACUGCCCCGACUUCGCCAUGCUGGUGGUCAGCGCCAACACGGGAGUGGCUGGUACCAGUCGGGAGCAUCUGGGCCUGGCCAUGGCGCUGAAAGUUCCCAUCUUCGUGGUGGUCAGUAAAGUGGACGUGUGUUCGAGGGGCACGGUGGAUAAAACCCUGCGACAGCUGGAAAGACUCCUCAAGCAGCCGGGCUGUAACAAGGUUCCUCUCAUGGUCUCCAACCCGGACGAUGCUGUUGCUGCCGCCCAGCAGUUCGCUCAGUCGGCGUGCAUCACGCCCAUCCUGACAGUGUCCAGUGUGUCAGGAGAAAGUCUGGAGCUCCUCAAAGUUUUCUUGAACGUUCUUCCUCCUCUGAGCAACAGCAAAGAACAAGAGGAGCUCAUGCAGCAGCUGACUGAGUUCCAGGUGGACGAGAUCUACUCGGUGCCUGAGGUGGGCACGGUGGUGGGCGGGACUCUGUACAGCGGGGUGUGCCGCGAGGGCGAGCGCCUGGUGGUGGGGCCCACGGACCAGGGCCACUUCCUGCGCCUGAGGGUGGCGAGCAUCCAGAGGAACCGCUCGGCGUGCAGACUGCUGAGGGCGGGGCAGGCGGCCACGCUGGCGCUGGGCAACUUUGACCGCUCGCUGCUGCGCAAGGGGAUGGUGAUGGUGAGUCCCAAGAUGAAGCCCACCGUCUGCCGGGAGUUCGAGGCCGCCAUCGUGCUCCUCUUCCACGCCAAGACCUUCCGCCGGGGGUCACAGGUCACCGCCCACGUGGGCAACGUGCGGCAGACCGCCGUGGUCCAGAGCCUCUACGGGAAGGAAGAGCUGCGGACCGGCGAGCGAGCCGUGGUGGGAUUCCGCUUCAUCAAACAUCCCGAGUACCUGCGGACCGGCGCCAAGCUGCUCUUCAGAGAGGGCGUGACCAAAGGCAUCGGCCACGUCACCCGCCUGCUGCCUGCGGACCAGAACCACCGGCAGAACCAGAACCCUUACUAGGCUAAUCAGAUCGCGCCAAGAACUUGUGGACGCCAUCUUGGCUCCUUUGAGCACUUUAAAGGUGAAUGUAUCAUUUCCUCUGCAUGCCACCACCUUCAAUAAAUGACCUCGUCACAGGCAGGAGGCGGAGUCAUGCUGAAGAUGAAUCUUUAAUCUUGUGACCUGAUCUCUGGCAGCUGUCAAUCAUUCAGUCAAGCGUCUUGUCGGGGGCGGACCCUCGCGCAGACCUGUCAAUCAUCGGGAAUAUUAGCAGCGCUACAUGCUAAUGCUAACUGAGGAGGACUCACCCCCAGCAGGUUCCGGGCGACGUAACCCUCGCGGUCGCCGCAUCUCGCCCACCACCACUCGUCCUCCGCCUCGUCCUCCCGCCUCAGCACCGUCACGCACUCGCCUUCCUGGAGGCGGAGCUCAUCGCCACUCUCAGGCUCGUAGUCCCACAGGGCGUAGACCACGCCCCUAUUCAUCACCCCCAUCUUCUCCUGCACGCCUGCACACACAAACACACAUCAAGACCCUCACGUGUAUUAUUGUCACUAAACUAUUGGCCUUUCACAAUCUGUAACCCGUGUACUGAUUUGUGUUUCUGUAUCGCAAUCUGUGCAUCUGUAAUCCAUGUUCUGAUUUGUGUGUCUGUAUUGCAAUCUAUGCAUCUGUAAUCCAUGUAUUGAUUUGUGUGUCUGUAUCACAAUCUGUGCAU